CAACACUUCACGCUCCAGGAGCACAACAGUUUCGUCCCACACUCGCUGUGACCUGCAGGACCAAGGUUGGUCCUAAGCAGCUGCUGGGCAUGACAUCAGCCGGAGCUGAGUCCCCUGGGUUUACCCCGGCAGGGCCACCCAUAUGGCUGAGCAGCCGUCCCCAGAGAUGGCCCUGCCAGCCCAGGUGAUGGCUGUGGACAACACCGAAGCCCCUCUGCUCCAGGCCACUCGCCGCGGCUCCCAGCCCCCGGCCCCAGCCCGGGGCACCGAGGAAGGCAAACCGCCGCUCUUGCCCUCCCGCCGCAGCUCCAUCCUCAGCACCCUCCCAGCACCCCUGGCCAGUCGCCGCAGCUCACUGGGGGUGGCCCCGGGGGGCAGGCGCCCCUCCAUCGGCCCCUGGAUGCUCCACAGCCGCGUGAGCUUCUCCGGGCUCCCCCUUUUCCAGCCCAUCCUCAAGACCCGCCUUGAAAACACUUACAAGAUGCAGCCAGAUGAAGGCUGCAAGUUUGAUGCAGGGCGGGUGCAGCGGGUGCUGGAGGGGGCCCUGGCCAGUGCCCUGGGGACCACGGUCUACAGCCCCCAGGGCAGUGCCCCGCUAGCCCAGAGCCUGGCCGAGCUGCUGCAGAGCCAGGCAAAGGAGGUGGUGCCACCCCGCUACAAGCUGGUCUGCAACGUGCUGCUGGGCCAGCAGGGCCAGCAGAGCCUGCUGGUGGCCAGCCGGGCGCUGUGGGACCCUGAAAGUGACAGCUUUGCCUCCGCCACCUUCUCCAAUGCCUCCCUCUUUGCUGUGGCCACAGUGCACGGGGUUUACUUUGAGUAGCACUUGCCCUUCCCUUCACCCAGCCUUAAAGAGCUGCAG